CUUCCUCCGAGCAUCCACGGCCAUCUUUGAUUUCCAGCCAUUCAUGAAAAAGUUGCCUCGCGCAUGUAAACACGCCGAACGGACGCGGUUUACGCACGAAGCGGCGGCACCGACCCACGGCGCGGUGUGUGUCUGUGUGCGUGUGUGCUUGUGCGUGUGUGGUUCCCGGCGAGCAGCGGCACAAACCGAGCAGAGCAGCAGGCUGUGACCCGCAGAGACCAAAGUGACACCGAGAGCGAUGAGAAAGAAGCAGACUGCCAAACAGAGGAAGACUGAGGAGACGACAGUGGUCCAGGAGUUUGUGGUGGAGAAGAUCAUUCGCCGCAGGGUCGCCGACGGGAGAGUGGAGUACUUUCUGAAGUGGAAAGGCUUCACCGAUGCGGACAACACGUGGGAACCCGAGGACAACCUGGACUGUCCGGAGCUCAUCAACGAGUUCCUGAGAACCGCCCUCCAUCUGGCGUACGAGAAUGAGGAAGAGCACAGCGAGUUCAUUCCCAAAGAAGAAAUGACAGAGCAAGAGACGGAAAUUUCCUGCCUGCAGCCGCAGCAGCAGGCCUGCACUCUGCAGAGCGACGACGACGGCCUCCAGCCGAGCGACGGGCGUUCAGAUUCCCCGGCCAACCUCGGCACUUGCCUCGAGCCUGAAUGCAUCAUCGGCUCAACAGACAGACAGGGAGAGCUCAUGUUCCUCGUCAAAUGGAAGGACUCGGAUGACGUGGCCCUGCUGCCUGCGCAUGAAGCCAGCGCCAGGUGUCCCCAGGUGGUCAUCGACUUCUACGAGCAGAAGCUGACCUGGCACUGUGGAGACGAGGAGCCGUGAAGCGCGCGCCUGUUAGCGUGUUCCCUUGUGUGUGUGUGUGUGUGUGUGUGAGUGUUUGUUUUGAGAACGGAGGAGAACUGGUAAACGGCUGCGUCCUCACCUGAAGCUUAGUUUAACCUCCAUCCAGUGUCCUCCUCCAGCUGACAUUAGAAGCACGCUGUGUGAAAUUGCAUCCCGGUAGGAGUUUCGGAAAUCUGUCGACUGGAAGAACCUCCGCGGGGACGGAUAUUCAGGGCUCUCUGUCCCGUGGUGCUCAGCAAGGUCACUGUGCCUUUUGUGGAGACCGUGAUGGAGACUUGAACUAACCUGUGUGUGAAGAGCAGCCGGUCUGAGGUCAGACUAACCUGUAGCAGCUUUGGUCGUGUGUCAUCAUGUAGCCGACACAAUCACUGUGGACAUGUGUUUUGUUUUCAAGACUACUGUUAUAUAGUAAUUUAGUAUCUCUAGUCCUCCACUGGUUUAGUGUGAGCGUUUUAUCUUGUGUAGCAACACUUUGAAAAAAAGAGUGAACUAACUGUUGUCCGAUCUGUACCUCCAGUGCACCUAGCUUUAGGUUGGAUUGUCUAGACUAGAGCCCGACUGACAUGGAUGUUUGGAGGCUGAUGCAUUGUCUAACGAAGCCAACAUAAAGGAAAUAAGUGGGCUGUGAUGGUUACAUCAUUUGAAGCAGACUUAUCUCUUUUCAUACAUGAAGGCAGCAUAAAUGAGCCUUAAUAUGUCACUAUGAAAGAAAGAAAUGUAACUGAAGCUUGAUAUUUUACAAUUUAAUGUAACAUCUAAAAAUAAAUAACUUUAAAUACAAAGAAAA